AUGUCAAGUCGACGAUCCUCUAGUCCCAGUCGUGUAAAGGCUCAACUUGCAACAGCCACACCAAAGGUAGUCUUCUUAAAUGAAAGCUUAAAUCCAGAAUGCGAUGCCGCUCGUGAGCUUUUGGGUGUCUUAACAUCGGACGAAGAUGCAACUUCGAGAUCCAAUGGAAGAGGGAUUCAGAUGAUAUCAAACGCAUCAUCUCGCUGCGCCACGGAGCUUCGCAGUGAGGGUUCAUGGAUGAUGGAUGUUGCCCGACCCCUUCUAGACUUGGCCAUUGAUGAAUUGCCUUUAGAGUCGUGGAGUGUGCAAACAGAAUUAGCUAAUGCUAAGUAUCUGCCACGAUUUGCGAAUGGCACGUUCAGUCCGAAAUUUGAUUUGGUCGUUGGCCUGCCCACUGAACCCUGGAAAGCUGAGUACGAGCAAGCUGGGAUUGACAUCUUCGAUCGUGACCUCAGCCAUGUCGACCAUCCCCAUACAGGGAAGAGAAUCCUCGGGCUAGGUAUGAAGGUUAAAGCCUAUGGUGGGAAUUUGAUCGAGGCUCAAGUGGAAUUGGCAGCAUGGAUGGCUGGCUUAGUGUCUUGGGGCUUUGCCAGUCGCUGCGAGCCUUCAGAAAGUGCCGAAGACGCGUCUGCCCUCCCUCCACCGAUAGUCGGGUGCACUUUCUAUAUCGUAUACGGUAUUGCUGGGCCUUCCAAUCAGUUGUCUGAAGUGCGUAUCUGGGGCCCUCUUUCAGACCUCAGUGGCCAAGCAACAAGCGAAAAACACACGACUGCUCUCGCCGAUACACUGAGACGUGUUAUGCAGUAUAUCCAGGGGUCAUAUGCAGAGCAACUGUUCUCUUUGAUCACUCCACGCCAGGAUUUGUCCCAUGAAGAUCAAGAGGGCGAGAGCUGAUGUCAUAUACAUUUCUCGACUCUGUUGAUGGCUACUACCCGCAUCCCCUUCCUCUUCAAUUAGCCGGUUGAUAACAUCUAUCAAGAUCACUCUGACCACCACCUACCCGACACGUUAUCUUCAUUGUCCGGCACAUUAACAAGAUAAUGUUCUCUUCCACAAGAUUACCCAAUCAGAAGACCAAAGCCACAACCCUUCCUUAUAAUGCACACCAGCACAUUUCUGUUCUCUUAAUUCCGGUACCUCCUUAAGAAACAACCACACUCAACGCGCGCUUUCACUACAAUAUAU